AUGGUGUUGUCGAAGAAGCUGAUGAAGGUUGGGCCAUGGGGUGGCACCGGGGGACACCCGUGGGACGACGGCGGCCACUCCGGCAUCCGCAGCAUCACCAUGUCCUACGACCGGUGCAUGGAAUCCAUCAGCGUGGAGUACGACAGGGACGGUCUGGCCGUCCCCGGCGAGCGGCACGGAGGCGCCGCCGCCAGCCACACGACUCAGGCACGUUCACGUUCACCGCCGUCAAUCAAACUGAGCUACCCGGGCGAGUACCUGACCACCGUGAGCGGGCACUACGCGCCGAUCGCGCACGGCGGCUCGCCGGUGAUCCGCUCGCUGGCGUUCCGGACCAACCAGAGGGCGUACGGGCCGUUCGGCGCGGCGGAGGGCACGCCGUUCUCGUUCCCGGUGGAGGGAGGCGUCAUCGUCGGAUUCUGCGGGAGGAGCGGCUGGCAGCUCGACGCCGUCGGCCUCUACGUCGCGCCGUUGCGCCCGGAGACCAUGUACGACAGGGUGCAGAAGCUCGGCCUCACGGCUUACCGGGCGGUUUGGCAGCGGAUAGGGUCCCAGCAGCAGCAGCAUGAUCCGGUGAAACAGCUGAACGGCAACGCGCAGAUUACUCACAAGACAUGA